AGCGUUGCACUGACCUGUACGUUGUGUGUUCCAGAGCCACCAUGGGCUUCAUCGCAGUGCUGGAGGAGGCCUUUGAGCGCAACCGCGACCCGAGGGUGGCCAACUGGGCGCUGUCGCGGUCCCCCGAAGUGCCGAUGUUCCUGCUGCCACUGUACCUGGUGAUAGUGCUAUGGCUGGGCCCGAGGUUCAUGCGGGAUCGGAAGCCGAUGCAGCUCACGAGGGUGCUUAUGGUCUACAACAUCGUGCAGGUUGUCUUCAAUGCAAUGAUGUUCGUCAAGCUCCUGGAUGCUGGUUGGAUGGGCAAAUACAGCUUCGUUUGCGAGCCAGUUGAUUAUUCCUACACUCCAGAGGCGAUGAAG